GAUACAAACAGGGCAGUCCAAUAACUCCAGAUCUCAUUAUAACUGCAUUAUAUAGCCACCAAGUGGCAUCAUUUUAUUGCUUGAACUGAAACCUUCUGUAAGAAUAGUUAAGAAAUUAUCAAGACAGCUCUGCAAGGAAUGUGGAUCCUUCCAGUUAAGCAGAAUCUCUACGACAGAAGUAAAUGUGUCUUGUUUCUAAACGAGACAAAUCUUCUGACCUUCAGUUGCAAAUCAGUCUAUGGUUGUGGGAUCCCCACCUACCAGCCUGUAUUGUCCAAGGUGGUCGGUGGUGAAGCUGCAAGACCCCAUAGCUGGCCAUGGCAAAUUUCUCUCCAAGUUGCUAAGGGAGAUAGCUGGUUCCACACUUGUGGGGGAUCUUUAAUUGAUCAGCGAUGGGUUAUGACAGCUGCACAUUGCAUUAAUAAGAAGAAUACCUAUAGAGUGGCUCUUGGCAAACAAGUCCUUUCAGCCAAUGAGAUAGGGUCUGUUUUUGCUGCUGUGGAGAAGACCAUCCGCCAUGAAAAGUUCAGCAUGAUCUUUGCUGCCAAUGGUUACGACAUUGCUCUUGUUAAACUUGCACAACCAGUGUUUUUAGAUGACAAAAUUGAAUUGGGAUGCAUCCCUGCCCCAGGGACUCUUCUCCCCAAUAACUACAGCUGCUACAUCACUGGCUGGGGCCUCUUGAAGGCUGGCGGUAGUGUCUCUGAUAUCCUGCAACAAGCCCUUCUCCUUGUCGUAGACCACGCCACUUGUUCUCUGCCUGACUGGUGGGGAGGGAUAGCGAAGACAUCGAUGGUGUGUGCCGGUGGUGACGGAGUGGUGUCAGGAUGCAAUGGAGAUUCUGGUGGGCCCCUGAACUGCCAGAAUGCCAAUGGUGCCUGGGAAGUACAUGGCAUUGUCAGCUUUGGGUCUGCUUUCUGCAGCCAUAAGAAGAAGCCAACCGUUUUUACCCGUGUGUCUGCCUACAAUGAGUGGCUUACUGAGAAAAUGAUGAACAACUAAAAGGAACCACACUGAAGCUUUGGAAGAUUGUAAAUUGAUGCAAUUCACAAAAUAAAUGUAGUCUCAAAC